AUGUCCUCCAGCAGUGAAAAGACGAAUGGCGCGGUCGCCAAUGGCGCCGACCAAGAUGUGGAAAAGGUAGCUGGCGAGACGACGACACCGCAGCCAGAUUCGACAUUAAAGAAGACACCGUCCAAGGGGCAGUCAAUUCGUGAGAGAGAAGUCGUGCCUCUGUCUGAGCGACGAGGCUUGCUGGGCCGGCUCUCAGUCAUCCCCGAAGUCACGAAUCCGUACACUUACGGCAAAGGAACGAAGUGGUGGAUGACAGUUAUUGUUAGUUUUGCGGCCAUCACAUCCUCAACAGGAUCGUCUAUUUUCUACCCGGCUCUUUCUGAGGUCGCCCGCGCCCUUCAUACCACGCCCACAGUCGCGAACUUGUCGUUGGCGUUGUACAUGCUGGCAAUGGCAUUUACGCCUAUGUGGUGGUCUGCGCUUUCUGAGAAACACGGCCGCCGCACCAUCUAUCUCCUCUCCUUCUCCCUCUUCCUGGUCUUCUCCUGUAUCAGCGCUGUCAGUGUCAAUAUCGCCAUGCUUCUAGUCUUUCGAGUUCUCAGUGGCGGCGCCGCAGCAUCUGUUCAGUCGGUCGGUGCCGGCACCGUGGCCGACAUCUGGGAGCCGAAAGAACGCGGCAAGGCAAUGGGAAUUUUCUACUUGGGACCUCUCUGUGGACCAGGUCUCGCCCCAGUUAUUGGCGGCGCCCUGACACAGGGCCUGCGCUGGCGCAGCACACUCUGGUUCCUGACCAUCUUCGGUGGUGUGAUGCUGCUCCUGAUCUUGUUCUGUUUGCCCGAGACAGUGAAAAAGCGUGCCCCCGCUACCACUUCUGACAACGAGAUUAGAGAAAAUAUUACUCUGGUGGUAUUGAAGAAAAUCUUCGGUCCAUUCUCGGUUCUUGCGCUACUAAGAUACCCACCUAUCAUCGUGGCUGUCUGGACCGGCGCAAUCUCCUUCUUCACCAUGUUCGUCCUGAAUGUGUCUAUCCAGGCGACCUUCGAGAAAGCCCCAUACAAUUUCAGCACCAUCCUCGUAGGCUUGGUCUAUCUCGCCCCGACAAUCGGAUACGCCUUCUCCUCUAUCUUAGGCGGCCGCUGGAUUGACUACAUCAUGGCGCGCGAAGCCCGCAAAGCCAACCGCUACGAUGACAACGGCAAGCUCAAAUACGUCCCCGAAGACCGCAUGAAAGAGAACAUCUGGAUCGCGCUCUUCCUGUAUCCCGCCGCCCUCAUCUGGUACGGCUGGUCGGUCGACAAGGGCCUGCACUGGGCAGUCGGGUGCGUGGCCUGUAUCUUCUUCGGUCUGGGUGUGAUGCUCGUCAUGGGCGCCAUCAACACGGUGCUGACGGAGUUCACGCCGAAGAAGUCCUCCAGCGGCAUAGCGCUGGCCAAUUUCCUGCGGAAUUUGCUGUCGUUUACAGGUGCUCUUAUCACACAGCCGCUGAUUGAUGCGAUCGGGACGGGCUGGACGUGUACGAUGGUGGCGCUGAUUGCGUUUGUGACGGGCACUGCGGCGAUCUUUGCGCUGCGGACGUGGGGCCCGCAGUGGCGGGUGAUGAUGGACCAGAAGCUCAACGCGAAGCCGUAA